UUAAAUGAAAAAGAUCUCUUUGAAAAAUAAAAAAGCUUUCCGUUUCCCUCUUUUGAAGAACAUCAGAAACCCUAAAAAUCGCUAACUCUCUCGUCUCUCUUCGCCGUCCUCUUCGCUUCAUCUCUCUCCGGCGAUAACCCUAAUCGAACACCUCCGAUUCGAUCCCCCUAGUGUUCUAAGAAAAGAUGGAGUGGAAUCAGACUACUCUACAGUUCCUCUCGCAGUGUUUUCUCCACACGCUCUCUCCGGUGCCGGAACCUCGUCGAUCAGCUGAGAAAUCACUAGCGGAGGCCUCCGAUGCACCUAACUACGGCCUUGCCGUUCUCCGUCUGGUGGCUGAGCCGUCAAUCGAUGAACAGACGCGUCACGCCGCUGCUGUCAACUUUAAGAACCAUCUCCGUUCGCGGUGGCUACCUUCCGCUGAUUCUGGUAUCUCGCCGAUCGUAGAUUCGGAGAAGGAGCAGAUCAAGACACUCAUCGUCUCUCUUAUGCUCUCUUCUUCUCCUCGUAUCCAGAGCCAGUUGAGUGAAGCCCUAGCCGUCAUCGGUAAGCACGAUUUCCCCAAAUCUUGGCCUGCUUUGCUUCCUGAGCUUAUCGCCAACCUUAAAAACGCUGCUAUCGCUGGCGAUUAUGCGUCCAUCAAUGGUAUUCUUGGAACCGCUAGUUCGAUUUUCAAAAAGUUUAGGUAUCAGUAUAGAACCGAUGAUCUCUUUACUGAUUUGAAGUAUUGCCUGGAUAGUUUUGCUGCUCCGUUGACUGAGAUAUUCCUGAAAACGUCUUCGUUGAUUGAUUCUUCUGCGAGUUCUGGUGGCUCAGCUGCGAUCAUGAAGCCUCUGUUUGAGUCCCAAAGGCUUUGCUGCAGGAUAUUUUACUCGUUGAACUUUCAGGACUUGCCAGAGUUUUUCGAAGAUCAUAUGAAGGAGUGGAUGGGAGAGUUUAAGAAGUAUUUAGCUUCGAACUAUCCCGCCUUGGAAAGCACAAAAGAGGGGUUAACACUUGUUGAUGAUCUUCGUGCUGCUGUUUGCGAGAAUAUCAAUCUUUACAUCGAGAAAAACGAGGAAGAGUUUAAAGACUUUUUGAAUGAUUUUGCAUUGGUCGUCUGGACAUUGCUCCGAGAUGUGUCGAAGUCUCCUAGCAGGGAUCAACUAGCUACUACGGCAAUCAAGUUUUUGACCACUGUGAGCACAAGUGUUCACCAUGCUUUGUUUGCGGGCGACAAUGUUAUCAAGGAAAUUUGCCAGAGUAUUGUGAUUCCCAAUGUUUCUUUGAGGGCUGAAGAUGAAGAAGUUUUCGAUAUGAACUAUAUAGAGUUUAUCCGUAGAGACAUGGAGGGAAGUGAUGUGGACACUAGAAGGAGAAUAGCUUGUGAGCUACUCAAAGGACUUGCCACCAACUACAAAACACAGGUGACAGAAGUAGUUUCUGUUGAGAUACAGAAGCUCUUGAGUUCAUUUUCAGCAAACCCGGCUACGAAUUGGAAAGACAAGGAUUGUGCAAUUUACUUGGUUGUCUCUCUUUCUAGUAAAAAGGCUGGGGGUGCGUCUGUGUCUACAGAUCUCAUUGAUGUUCAAAGCUUCUUCACAAACAUUAUUCUCCCAGAGCUGCAAAGCCGCGACGUCAACAGUUUUCCAAUGCUAAAGGCAGGGUCCUUGAAGUUUAAUGAUAUCACUGAGUUCUUGCCUUAUGCGUUUCAGUUGCUGGCUCAGCUUGUUGAGUUAAAUCGACCACCUCUCGCCCCAAGCUACAUGCAGAUCUUCUUGCUGCUCCUCUCGCCUGAGUCAUGGAAGAGAAGUGGCAAUGUUCCAGCGCUUGUGCGUCUGCUUCAAGCUUUUCUGCAGAAAGCUCCUCAUGAAGUUACUCAAGAGAAUCGGUUGAGUCAAGUGCUGGGGAUAUUUGAAAAGCUGGUUGCAUCUCCUAGCACAGAUGAUCAAGGCUUUUAUAUCCUUAACACGAUUAUUGAGAAUCUGGACUACAGUGUGAUUGCACCUUAUAUGAAGGGUGUAUGGGGUGCUCUGUUCACACGCCUUCAAAACAAAAAGACAGUCAAGUUCCAGAAGUCGCUAGUAAUAUUCAUGUCGCUUUUCUUGGUGAAGCACGGGCAGGCUUAUCUAGUGGAGACUAUGAAUACCGUCCAGCCAAACAUCUUAACUGCAAUCUUGGAGCAUUUCUGGAUUCCGAACCUGAAACUGAUCAUGGGAACUAUCGAGGUCAAGUUAGCAGCAGUUGCUGCUACUAGACUCAUAUGUGAGACUCCGGCUCUCCUGGAUCCAUCAGCUACGAAACUCUGGGGGAAGAUGCUUGACAGUAUAGUGACGCUUGUUUCCAGGCCUGAGCAAGAAAGGGUCCUCGAUGAACCUGAAAUGCCAGAAAUCUCAGAGAAUGUUGGAUACACAGCUGCAUUUGUGAACCUUCACAAUGCUGGGAAAAAAGAAGAGGAUCCUCUCAAAGACAUCAAGGAUCCAAAGCAGUUCGUGGUUGCAUCUGUUUCUAGGCUUUCUUCUGCUUCACCUGGUAGGUUCCCACAAAUAAUUGGUGAGAAUCUCGAACAAGCUAACCAAGCAGCUCUGAUCCAGCUCUGCAAUGCUUACAACUGUGGAAUUGCUUGACGUGGAGGAGAGAUGGGUUCGAGGAGAAAAAAGAAAAAAGGGAAUCAAAGCGUCGUUGCAUUGGUCAUGCAUAUUUUUGUCUUAAAUCGGGAGUUGCAUAGUAUUUGCAAGUUUAGAUUAGAGAAAGAGCAUCAUCUUCCAAAACUUGGAUUUACUCUUUUGGCUUUGGCAUUUUAAUGGGGGCUGUCUUGUUUUUUUUUCCUUAAAAGUAAAGCAUGUUGAUCUCUGUAUGGUUAUGGUACUACUAUGUGUUUGAUGUGCAUUUUGUCUUUGUCAUGGUCAUGGAUUAUGGUUUAUUAUAUAAAUGGGGAAAGAAAGCAUUGUUCGUA